AUGGCGCCCCAGAAAUUUGCAAGCGUACGCUACAAAUCGCGUCCGGCGGUGCUCGUGCCAUUCAGGGACGACUCCAACUUGGUCGCGUUCAAGUAUGAGGACACGAUCCAGGCCGAGCCUCCCAUCAUUCUUCCUCCUCCUCGCAACCCGCUGCGUGCCAAACGCCCGCUCUCCUCCAUCCCAUCGAGCCCUGCCACGCCUCUAACUCCAGUCAGUCCCAGCAGCCCUCUCAGCCCUGCUAGUACCAUCAGCACGGCCAGCGGCAUCAUUGUGGUCCCGCCGCCAGGGCCACCUCCCCAGGAACAGCAUCCAGCGCUUCGGGUCCAGAUUCGGGAGCGGACACCAGUGGACGACUACAAGCGGGAUUCAGGACUUGCCAGUACUUCUUCUGGGGUGACAAUCCGCGAGGAGUGCGAGGGCGAGCUGCUGUACAACAAGAUCGACCUCGAGGACGACGCCCCCUCUGCAUACUCCCGGGCCAGGACGAUCUCGAUUCCCUCCAGCGGCCGGUGCACGCCCGAUGAGAUUUCUCCGGUCCCGCGCAUAUCGUGCCAGAGCCACUGGUCGGUCACCGAGUCGGACCUCUCAGAGGUGACACCAACGAAAGUCAAAGACGCGUCUAGGAGACUGGCCAAAACCUUCAGCUUGAGAAACGGGUCCCCCAUGAAGAGGUUGCGCAAGAAGAGUCUGAGCGAGGACGCCGCGGUGGGUGUGGCGCCCGAAUCGCGGGGCUCGACAAAGCCAAAAUCGCCUAAAUUGCCUAAUGGAGCACUACCCGAGAAGCAGCAGCCCCCCUGUCCAAAGCCUAGUGGCACCCCGGCGGCAGCGGCAGCAUUCCAGCAAGCGUCGUCUCCACCAUCCGGAUUUAUCCCUCUGACGACCACCAUCCCUCGUGGAAGUUUCUUGGAUGAUGAUUUCAUCACCGGCCUGACCUUCUCCAAGAGAGGCAGCUUAAUGUUUGGUUCCAAACGCGCCAAUGGAAACGACCUCCUCACCUCGCCUUCGAUGAGCUCCCAAGACGCUCAGCCUGUCCAAGCUGCUGCUGCUGCCACCGGUUCUGCGACCGAGCCCGCGAAGCUGGGCGGCGACGCGACUGGAGAUGCAAGGAGCGCUAAGCCCUCCACGGAGUCCCCCCGGAAGAUGUCGCUGCCCAACAUUCGAGUCUUGUCGGUAGAUACAGAGAGGGAAUCACAAAAGGUGAGAUCGCUCUAUGACUCUAGCGACGGCAUCGAUUGGAAGGAUGGGGGCCCAGACCCACCGCACGGCGGUCUGGAGCCGACAGAGGAGGCCCCAUCAGACGAGGAAGAGAUUGUCGCGUAUGGAUUUCCUAGUCAACUUGCCUUUCGUGUCCGCUAUAGUAUGCUAACUCGCCAUCUUUUUUCCGCGCAGAGAGUCAAGAGACCGCGUUACCACCCUCUCAGCGACUUCUCCGCCGGCGCCCGAUUCGUCUUCGUCGCGACGCGAUAA